GAGCUGUAAAGAGAUUCAAGUACUUUUCUGUGUGAUGGUGUAUGUAAUUAGUUAACUGGGACAAGCAUAUUCUUAAACAGCUGCAGUGUCGACAACAAUGUCAAUAAGCUCUUGCAUGUUAUGGUAUAUUCUCAUACCUCGCCAACUCUUGCAUGUUAUGGUAUAUCCUCAUUCCUUGCCAUAUGCCACAGUGGAGUAUAGGAACUGAAGUGAACAAACUCAAGAAUGUGUAGUUCCCAAUAGAACAGUUUACUUGCGUGCUGAAAUUGCAGUUACUCGAUUGGCAUCUAGGCAUCAUUGUUGUUUUCAGAUUUUCUCCAUUGCCUAUAUUCAUGUAUUGCCUUCUAGAUGAUAAUUGAGACUUACUCUGUACUCUGUUAACAGUGCUGGAAUAUCUAUUGGAAGCGAGAUGUCCGGUGGGGUAUCGAAUGUCACCGUGGAGAAUGUCAUUGUAUGGAAUUCGAGGCGUGCAGUUCGUAUAAAGACUGCCCCCGGAAGAGGAGGUUAUGUUCAGCAAAUAACGUACCGCAACCUAACAUUUGACAAUGUGAGAGUUGGGAUUGUAAUGAAAACCGACUACAACGAACACCCAGAUGAAGGGUACGACCCAAAGGCUGUUCCCCUGAUCAAAGACAUAAGCUUCACCAGCAUCCACGGCCAAGGAGUUCGUGUCCCUGUGCGAAUUCAUGGGAGCGAAGAAAUUCCUAUAAAGAAUGUGACUUUUCAAGACAUGUCAGUUGGACUAACGUACAAGAAGAAGCAUAUAUUUCAGUGUGCCUUUGUGGAGGGGCGUGUAAUAGGGACCAUUUUCCCAGCACCCUGUGAGAACCUCGAUAGGUACGAUGAACAAGGGCAGCUUGUCAGGCGUUCCGCUUCACAGAACACCACAGACAUCGACUAUGAUUUUUGAGUUAAGGAUUCAUUCCUGCGGUCGCCCGAUUCCCUGUGAGCAUGUACUCCAAAUGUCAGUGCGUUCAGUUGGUAUCCUAGCGAUAAUAUCUGGAUGGAAGAAUUUAGAGCAGUGGUUUGCUGUUAUGUUUUCUUGGCAUAUUCAUUACUCCAAAGUCCGCAGCAAAUUCUUUCGGUUUCUUGUACGUUCUUUAGAGCUGUAUAUACAGAAAGCUUCAGUUAUAGGUUGAAAGGUCGAGUGGAAUGAAAUCAGAGAUAAAGCCUAUUGUUUUGGCUUGCGAGUGUUUCAUUUUGUGUUGUGAAGUGCAUUAGCCAAGUUCUUACUCGUAUUUAGUUCUGGUUUUUUAACCUGGAUUUGUUCAAGGCAUGUUGGAAUUUGUCGUGCUCUUCUCUUCUGCAUCCACUAGAGCCUUCGUUUUUCAUUUACACCACACCAACCUACUGAGACUCGAUUUCACAUUUUUAUUCUUCCUCCAGUGUGAGUUCUCUGCUGAGGUGUUUGCAGGCUGUAUGCAGUUGAUCAAGCAGAACUGCUGUGUUUUUCUAAAUUUUGAAGGGUAUCUAGACUGGACAAAAAGAAAGUUUGCAGGGAAAA